AUGAAAGUCAAGGACAGCGAGGCAGAGCAGAGAGAGCAUGAAGAAGUAAAAGACGACAAUGAAACACGCCGGAUAAUCCGCAAGAUCGACCUGAGACUCCUGCCGACGCUCGCCGUCAUCUACGCUUUCGCGUUGAUCGACCGCGUCAAUCUGCCGAAUGCGCGUAUUGCGGGUAUGGAUGAGGAUCUUGGGUUGUCGAUUGGGUCGCGGUACUCGAUAUUGACAAUGAUUUUCUUUAUCCCGUACAUCAUCUUUCAGUUCCCGGCCAAUAUAGUCAUUCGGAAGCUGGGGCCUGCUGUGUGGCUUCCGUCGUUGGUGGUGGCUUGGGGUGCGGUGAGCAUUGGGAUGGGGUUUGUGACGGAUUGGACUCAGGCGGUUGGGUGUCGUAUCAUUCUUGGUAUCCUCGAGGCAGGAUAUUAUCCAGGAUGUGUUUUCCUGCUCAGCUGUUGGUAUGUUCGCUUCGAGAUUCAAAAACGCUUCUCCGCAUUCUAUCUCCUCGCACUCCUGGCGUCUGGAUUCUCGAACAUCCUGGCGUGGGGGCUCAGUGAACUCAAGGGAAAAGGGGGCUUGAAUGGAUGGCAGUGGAUCUUCGCAAUCGAGGGCGCCAUCACCAUCGUGCUCGGCUUCCUGGGCUACGCAACCAUAGUUGACUUCCCCGACAAAGCCACGAAGCCCAGUCUCGUAACCCGCAAACCGUUCCUGACCGCCCGACAGUCUGAAAUCAUCCUCGCACGCAUUCAGCGCGACAGGGGCGACGCCGUCGUCGACACGCUGACGUGGAAGAAGAUCCUCUUCCACCUCCGGGACUGGAAGAUCUGGGAGUUCGCCUGGCUGUACUUCCUCAACAACGUAGUGGCCUACUCAUUCGGAUACUUCCUGCCCAUCAUCCUGCGCAACGACAUGGGGUACUCGGUCGCGAUGAGCCAGAUCCUCUCCUUCCCGCCGUACGUCGUCGCAGCCGUGUGGAUGUUCUGCACGGCGUGGGUCGCAGACCGGUACCGCAAACGCGGCGCCGUCAUCAUCUUCAACUGCGCGACGGCCAUCAUCGGCGUGUGCAUGAUGGCGUACGUGGAGAAUGAGGACGCGCGCUACGCCGGCGUCUUCCUGGGUGUCAGCGGCGCCAAUUCAAACGUACCGAGCCUGCUGAGCUACAUGCACAACAACAUCGUCGGGCAGAUGAAGCGCAGUAUCGCCAGUGCUCUGCUGAUCGGUGGCGGCGCGUGUGGCGGCAUCGCGGCGGCGAAUAUCUUUCGAGAGCAGGAUGCACCGGAGUAUGUGCCCGCCAUGGCGGUCGUGAUUGCGACUCAGGCGUUGACGAUUCUGCAUGUCGGGAAGAACUUUUGGUUUUAUUCGAGGGCGAAUAGGAGGGCGGAGAGGGGGGAAAUUGUGUUGGAGGGUCAGGUUGGGUUUAGACAGACACUGUAG